ACGUCGUGACGGUCUAGUCAACAACUCUUAUGUUGGGACUCUACUUGGAUCAACUAGGGAGGGAAUAUUUGUGUCAAACAAAAGUCUCCGGCGGUCAAAACCGCCUGCCAACUCAUUUAGCUCAGUCACUUUUACUUUCUGGACGUGCCCGCGGACGUGACUGAGUCUCCGGAGUCCGUUUUUGGCCGCGAAGUGAAGUCCAAAGCUGGAGAGUUGCCCGGCUAGCUGCGCUAGCUGGCUAUCUUAAGUAGUUACGCUAGCAGGCUGCGUUUUCGUAGCCAGGCGGCCAAAGUAAGGAGAAGGAAAAAAUGGAGCUGGAGGACGGAGUCCUUUAUCAGGAAGACCCGGGCAGUUCGGCGAUGAUGUCCGAACGGGUGUCCGGCUUGGCGAGCUCUAUCUACCGAGAAUUCGAGCGGAUGAUUGGGAAGUACGACGAGGACGUGGUGAAGGAACUUAUGCCGCUGGUGGUGGCCGUGCUGGAGAACUUGGACUCCGUGUUCGCGGAGAACCAGGAGCACGAAGUGGAGCUGGAGCUGCUGAAGGAGGACAACGAGCAACUUAUCACGCAGUACGAGAGAGAGAAAGCGCUGAGGAAAGGCGCAGAGGAGAGAUAUAUUGAAUAUGAAGACUCACAGGAGCAGGAGAGGAAAGAGCUGCAAAGCAGGGUGGUUCUGCUGGAGGCCCAGACCAGACAGCUGGAGCUCAAGACCAAGAACUAUGCAGACCAGAUUGGAAGAUUAGAGGAGCGAGAAGCAGAAUUGAAGAAAGAGUACAACGCCCUCCAUCAAAGACAUACUGAGAUGAUUCACAGUUACAUGGAACAUUUGGAGCGUGCCAAAACGCAGCAACAUGCAGGCGGGGAAGCCACAGACACUGGCACUUUGAGCAAACAAAGGAAAGAGCGGCCUGUGUCUCUGGGAAUCUUCCAGCUGCCGGGUGGUGAUGUUAUGACCCCUGACCUGCAGAGGGAGCGUGUGGAGACUCCAGGGACAGACACAUGGAGAUACAAUGACCUGAGCCACCCUCGCUCUAACACCAGCCUCAAGCUAGAAGCAGAUGAUUCCAUCAGGAGAGGGGAGGGUAAGAGUGCCCAGGACACUUUGGAUUUCCUCUGGACUGAUAUCAGUGAGGUAGCCCAGCCCAUCAGUCCCACCAUGAUCGUCAUGGAUGAACUCUCUGACGUUAACCGGGGAGGCUCCAAAUCAGCUACGCCCAUGUCCACGGCAACCUCAGAUGUUGCUAUGGCAUCAGUAGACACGCCCCAAACUGAAGAGGCAGAGGGACUUAACAGGAACCUGAAUUCCAGUAGCAAGAAGCCAGACAGCAGCAAAAACAUUAAAGUACAGGACGGCAUAGCAACAGAGACAGCCUCUAAAGAUGUAACUGAGAACACUGAGAAGUCAGAGGUGCAGGCGAUUAUUGAGUCAACCCCUGAACUUGACAUGGACCUGAGUGGCUGCAAAGGCUCCAGCACUCCCACUAAGGGAAUUGAGAACAUGGCUUUUGACCGCAACACUGAUUCCCUGUUUGAGGAGCUUUCCUCAGCAGGCACUGACCUAAUAGGAGAUGUGGAUGAGGGGGCUGACCUACUGGGUAUGGGUCGUGAGGUGGAACACCUCAUCCAGGAGAACACCCAGCUCCUAGAAACAAAGAAUGCUCUAAAUGUAGUGAAGAAUGACCUCAUUGGUCGUGUGGAUGAGCUGACCUGUGAGAAGGAGGUUCUACAGGGUGAGAUGGAAGUCCUCAGACAGGCCAAAGACAAACUGCAGGAGAGGAAUAAGGAGCUAGAAGAAGAGAUUAAGAGGAUUCGGGCUGAGUUAGAGGUGGCCAGACAAAAGGCAAAAGAGGAAGAUGAUAGUGAUGUGCCCACAGCCCAGCGGAAGCGAUUCACGCGAGUAGAGAUGGCCCGGGUCCUGAUGGAGAGAAACCAGUACAAGGAGAGACUGAUGGAGCUGCAGGAGGCAGUUAGGUGGACCGAAAUGAUCCGAGCCUCAAGGGAGAACCCAGCCCUGACAGAGAAGAAAAAAUCCAGUAUCUGGCAGUUGAUUUUCAGUAGGCUGUUCAGCUCGUCCUCCAGCGGCACAGGCAAAAAGCCAGAGGCUCCCGUUAACGUUAAGUACAACGCCCCCACCUCAAACGUCGUGCCCUCAGUUAAGAAGAGGAGCAGCACUCUCGCCCAGUUGCCCAGCGACAAGUCCAAGGCUUUUGACUUCCUCAAUGAGGAGCCAGAGGUGGACAACAUUGUGUCACGUAGAGAACAGAAGAGAGCUCAGUACAGGCAGGUGAAGGCUCACGUCCAGAAGGAAGAUGGCAGAGUACAGGCUUAUGGGUGGAGUCUGCCUCAGAAAUACAAGGCUUCAAAUGGUGGGCAGGCAGACAGUAAGGUGAAGAACUUACCAGUGCCUGUUUACCUCAGACCUUUAGAUGAGAAAGAUGCUUCUAUGAAGCUGUGGUGUGCAGCAGGGGUGAAUCUCUCAGGAGGGAAGACUCGUGACGGAGGUUCUAUUGUAGGAGCGAGCGUGUUUUAUAGAGAUGUCUCAGGAGUGGAGAGCAGCAUCCUCAGCCCACGACAGACAAAAGGCUCUCAGAGCAGCCUGGACAGACUGGAGCAGGAGCUGAAGGAGCAGGAGAAAGAGCUGAGACAGCAGGAUGAGCUCUCCAGUCUGGUGUGGAUCUGCACCAGCACUCACGCCACCUCCAAGGUCAUAGUGAUCGAUGCCAACCAGCCUGGAAACAUCUUGGAAAACUUCUUCGUCUGCAACUCUCAUGUGCUCUGCAUCGCCAGUGUGCCAGGGGCACGGGAGACUGACUACCCAGCUGGUGAAGAGGUGCCUGCAAACAGUGAGCUUGGUGGUGCUGAGGGGGCAUCACAGGCUGGUAGUGCAGCAAACAGCAACUUGACUGGCUCUGAGGGUGUACUAGAUGGAAUCACUGUGGUAGGCUGCUCUGUGGAAGGAACUGUCGCUAUCCCCCAAACUGCCAGUGCAAACUCUGUAGAGGAAUCUGAAGACUCUGGCAGUGUGCUGGGGCAGCGUAGGCACGACAGAGUGGCUGCGGCUGAGGAGGCCCUGGAGGCCACAGAGAGCAGCAGCACCACUCCUGCAGAGGAAGGCCACCAAGGGAUCUACACAGAGCACGUGUUCACAGAUCCUCUAGGAGUCCAGAACACUGGAGAUACACCGUCCACUUAUACUCAGAGAGAAUCUGACCUGGUGAAAGACGGGGUGAGCUUGGUGCCUGAAGAGCAAGACCUGAUGAGGGAAGAGGCCAACAAGAUGAGCAGCGUCCUGCCCACUAUGUGGCUUGGGGCACAGAAUGGCUGUGUGUAUGUACACUCCUCUGUCGCACAGUGGAGGAAGUGCCUUCACUCAAUAAAGUUGAAGGAUUCAAUUUUGGGGAUUGUGCAUGUGAAAGGCAGAGUUUUAGUGGCCUUGGCUGAUGGUACUUUGGCAAUCUUCCACAGAGGAAUAGAUGGUCAGUGGGAUCUGACCAACUACCACCUGCUGGAUCUGGGCCGGCCGCACCACUCAAUCCGCUGCAUGACAGUGGUGCAUGAUAAAGUGUGGUGUGGCUACAGGAACAAGAUCUAUGUCAUCCAACCUAAAGCCAUGAAGAUAGAGAAGUCCUUUGAUGCCCACCCUCGUAAGGAGAGCCAAGUGAGGCAACUUGCUUGGGAUGGUGAUGGCAUCUGGGUGUCCAUCCGUCUAGAUUCCACACUCAGACUCUUCCAUGCCCACACCUACCAGCAUUUGCAGGAUGUUGAUAUAGAGCCCUAUGUCAGCAAAAUGCUCGGAACUGGUAAGCUAGGCUUCUCCUUUGUCAGGAUCACAGCACUGAUGGUGUCGUGUAACCGCCUGUGGAUUGGAACUGGGAACGGCGUUAUCAUCUCCAUACCACUAACAGAGACAAAGAAAGUCACCCAGGGAACGUCCAACCGGCCAGGCAGCGUGAUCCGUGUCUAUGGUGAUGAGAACAGUGAUAAAGUAACCGCAGGCACGUUUGUGCCUUUUUGCUCCAUGGCCCAUGCUCAGCUCUGUUUCCACGGUCACCGGGAUGCAGUCAAGUUCUUCGCAGCUGUUCCAGGCCAAGUCAUCCCGUCCACAGGCCCAGGAGGCGAGGCAGGCACUGACAAGCCAGCAGCAGACUCGCCUGCACCUACAGAGUUCUCCAAGUCAGUCCUAGUCAUGAGCGGUGGAGAGGGCUAUAUUGACUUCAGAAUGGGCGAUGAGGGAGGGGAAGGAGAGGACCUUGAAGAAGCCACUCUGAAGCUGCAGCCCUUCCUGGCCAAAGCCGAGCGCAGCCACCUUAUUGUAUGGCAGGUCAUGGUCAAUGAAGACUGACCUCUUUUCUGACACUUUUCCACUCACACAGCCUUUGCCAGGCGAGGACAUUUCAAGGAGUUCUUGCGCAUAACUGCGUGUUUGUGUUCAGCCUUGUGUUAAGUAUUUCAUUUUGGUUUUAAUGUUUGUUCUUGCUCUUUGUUGAAGGGUCACUAUUGUUGCGUCCAGCUAUCAGGAAGUUACAUUCGGUGAAAGUCUUUGCACAUUCACUUCAGUGGCAGUACAAGUCUGUUCUGACCAAUAAAUGGACCUUUCACAACAACACAUCCGCAGCAGCAAUACUGAUAAAAUCGGCUGUGAUGAAUCAGGACAAUCUAGUGUUCUUUUUUUUUUUUAAUUAUUACUUCCAGAUUUCCUUUCUUUCAUGGCUUUUUUUUUCAAAAGAAAAUAGCACUGUGCAUCACAGUAAAGUCAGAUAUCGGUGAAUGGUUAAAAUGCUAAAUUCUGUUCUGUGCAAAUGAAGUUGCUGGAGGGCGAAAUGUUUGCAGAAACAAAGCACCUUCUUAAGUAAUAGCUGCUCUUAGGCUGCAUCAUGGCUUGCAAAAAACUUGCAUGCCCAGUGCCUGCUGUUUUCUGUAGGCUGCUGUGCUGUACAGUCAGUUUUGUCACGUUUCCGGUCUUCCCAGCUAAGCCUGGAGACACAAAGCAUCAAAGCGUUUUCAAGUCCUUGUAGUUUCAGAAGUAAACAGUUCUCCUCUUAAAUAAGAAAAGGUUUAAUGGAUGGCAGAAUACCCGUUUCUAUAUGAAUGUUAAAUUUACCAAAGGAAUUGUAGUAUCUUUAUAUAAUGACCUUGUAUAUGAUCAGCUCUUAUGAAAAGACAACAGCCUGAUUAGAUCAAUCAUGGCAGAAGAAAACAAUGUUAUGCAAUACUGUUAGGAUCAUUUUCUUUCUCUCCACUGCUUUUUUUUCCCAAAAGAAAGCCUCUCCUCUGUGUAGAUUCAUGCGUUCAGAGACUAAAUGCCUAUUUUUAUGACACUUUUGUACAUUUGUCUUUUAGACUCUAACCGCAGGCCUCUGUAAUGCGACGAGCGAGUGGGCUAAAGUUUUGCUGAUGUUAUGCUGCUGUUGUGCUAGCGUUUGGACAUAAUAGAGGGGGCAGUGCUUUGUCUGCAGUUGUUCUUUCUCUCCAGGAGAGGAGAAACAGCUUUACAUUGCAAAUUUAGCCAUCUCAGUAUUUAUUUCUAUCAAUGAGCCUUUGCAGUACAGAAUGUAACUUUGUAUAGUGAAUAUAAAUAUAUAUGAAAUAUAAAUAUGUACAUGAAACAUAGAUGGCUUGGAUUUGAUGUUUUGACAAUGGUUGUUACAAUUCGGAUGACUUAUUUUCAUCAAUAUUACAUGAGUGGAUCACUAAAUGAUUGACCACUGAAAUGUACCUUUAUUGAGCUAUGCACUAUUUUAUAAAGGAGACCCGGAGUGUGGAGGUGUGUGUGUGUUUGUCUUUGGGUGUGUCUAUAUGUGUGUGAGUGUGUUUGCUGUCAGUUUGUGGGGAGUUAGAGCAGGGUGUGUUGUAUGCUGUCCCUAAUACUCCAUGUUUGGGCACUUUUUUUCAGCUGGGAGUGGUUAAGUGUUCCAUCCAAAACCCCACUGUCAGGUUGCCAUGAAAGCAUCUGUCCCUCAGACAUGUACAAUGUCAUAUUUCCAUCACAGCAUCCUAGCCUUACACUUUUUUAACAUCUAUUAAACUGACAUUUUGGGAACCGUG